CCGAGGCCAGUCACGCGCUUGCAUCACAAGACUGCAACAGAAUGCUUUCGUUUCUCGUCGCUCUACUUGCUCUCGUUGCUGUCUCUCGUUCGCAAUUGGAGACGCACGUUCCUAACGUGCCCGUUGGUGUUGUGAUACACAACGGAAGCGCUUCAAGUCACAUCCACAUCGAUGCCUUCUACGACUUACUGUGCCCCGACUCAAAGAACAACUGGCCGAUAUUGCAACACAUCAUGGAACAUUUCAGCGACGCGUUAACAAUGCGUAUCGUAUUGUUCCCUCUACCCUUUCAUCACCACACGUUUUUCGUUACACGAGCAGCCUACACCGUCGUCCAGCACAACGAGAACGUAUACAGGCAAUUGGUGUCUCUGAUAUUUGAAAAACAGAUUGAAUUGAAGGCCGGCGCUGUCAAUCUCACUGAAGAUGAAGUUCGUGAGCGAAUCGCGAGUAUCAUCGCGUCGGGUGGCUUGGGUGUCACAUACGCACAGGUGAUGGCAGGAUUUAGUGACGACUCGACGUACAACAGAGGUGUCCUGGACUGGAAGCAUUCAUGCGAUCGUUCUGUGUCGGAGACGCCGAGUUUUGUAAUCAAUGGCAUCAAGGUCCCAGAAGCCAGCAAUUUUUCAAUGGGAGAUUGGGUGAGUGCGAUUGAAGGGUUGUUGAAACCGCAGUGAGGUCAGCUGCCGGAAAUUGAUUUACUGAAUGUCUUGCUUUUGGUCUACUACAUGUAUUUUUUGGUAAACAUUGUGGUUGCUGGAGUAGGUAGAUUACAUGUAUUUGAAUGUGUAACUUAAAGUCUGGAUGUCCACUAACUGUGAUAGUAGCU